UUUAGUGAACGCGUGGCCGUGGCAGGAGUCAGUGAUUGCUCGGGCACGUAAUCGCAAAACUUAAGAAUAAUUACUUCCAAUUGUUAAUAAUUUUUAUACUAGAUAAGAAAAAUAGUCUUCCUGUGAAGCUCAGUGUGUGAUUUUAAUGCAUUUUUAAUAUAUCAAUAACAGCAUAUAUUAUCGACUCUCUUUUACUGAUAUAUUAGUGAUUACUCGGUGGAAGAGAGACAGAAGGUCAUCACAAUACUCCGAUGGAAGUUAAAUGGCGUCAUCUUGGGGAAAUCUGAGCGAAAGUGGAAAAUACGUUUGCCGAUUCAAUAAUAAUAGUUGCAUCAAAUUUUAUAUAAUUUCAAUACUGGAUAAGAAACACAGUCGAUAAGAAUCUAUAUUACCGACCCACUUUGGCUGACGUAUCUCAAUCCCUGAAAAGAAAAUGAUGGACAUGCACGAACCAGCUCAGAAAAACACUUCCGGCUGUGAUAUUGCAGAAAAUAAUGUAUGUGUCGGGACUAGCAGUAAAAUGGGUUGUUCUUACAUCAGAAAAACGUAUGAAAAAUUAAAACAAUUACAAAAGAAAAUUAUGGCCAUAUACCAACCAACUGAGAAAACCACUGUCAUCUAUGUUAUUAUACCAAAAGAUGUAAAUGAGGUUAAUACCCCGACAACCAGUGAAGUGGAUUUUACACACAUGAGACUAAGAUCUGGAGUAUUAAAAUUAUUGCAGCAGGAAAUACGAACCAGAUUCCAACGAAGUAAGAAAAUUACUGCUGUCUAUGUUGUUCCAACCAAUGAUCUAGAUGUCUCGACUGCCAAUAAAUUGGAUUUUUCUUACCUUAGAACAACGUCUGGGAUAUUAAAAUUAUUACAGCAGAUAUACAUAGUCUUUAUUGCUGCAAUAAGCUAUUUUUGUAGUUUUUAUCCUGCGUAUGCUGGAGAAUACUGUUAUGAAGACGAUUCUGAUCAUAGAACCUGCUUGAAUGAAAGAGGUAUAUUUUUAUAUAAAUCAGCAAUAUCAUUUAUAUUAUUUAUUUGCCUACCUGCAAUUCACAUUCUGAUGUGGGCCUAUGUACUUCACAAAGUCGAAAAGUGGACCAAUUAUUCUUGGCAAGUAAUUGAAUAUACUAUCUGUAGUAGUAGUGCUAUAAUGUGCUUUCUUGCAUCGACAUUUCCACUUGCUAGGUUGCACAGUGAAAUGACAAUAGAAUCAUCUAUACUUUCGAUCUUCAUACUUGUUCCUGAUUUACUUUUUAUGUUUGACAUUUGUUUGUUACGCAAGAAACAGAAGAUGAAUCUUCAAUUAAAAGCGAGGAAGUUGCAAUCUAUAUUAACCAUCGAGAAAACUUGACUUGAAAGCCAACUAUUUUUCUAUACUUCCCUUGAUGAAAUAAUUGUCAAAAAUGUUUUAUUGAAAAUCACAUAUGUAAUCUUAUAUAAUCUCUUGUAAUAUUUUAGUAUAUUAAUAUAUAAGUUUUGU